ACGUCACGAAAUUUCGCCAAAGCCUAUAUACUUCGCCUAUAUCUUCAGCUUCCCCUCUUUUAGUUUGCGUACUUCCUAUAAAUCACAAGUAAUGUGUGACCUAUCUUCUUCUUGAACUUCUAUCGCUAGAUUAUAAAAGAGAAAGAAGCUGAAGGAAGAGAAUUUAAAAGAAAAGAGCACCAUUUGUCGCUUUCACAGUUUGGUUAUGCCAACUGUAGAAAGGGAGACUUGACUUUAAUGACAACGAAUUCCUAUCAAUUGGAGUUUUACCUUGAAACUGUGGUUACAAAAAGUUGCAGAUCUUUUAAUAAAUUAAGGAACCGCACAACUUUUUUUUUUUUUUUCCUUUUUUUGUUGCUUAUCUCGGCUGAAUGUUUACUGUUGAAGAAGAAGAGGAGAAAAGCAUCUUUACUGGUUUAGAGCUGAUAGAAGAUCGCGGGAAGCAAGUGGAAGCACAUGUUGACACUUUGACCUAUGAAGGUUUAGAAUCACCCAUUCUGUUAGCUCAAGACUCGGCUGGGGGAUGUGGUGGAAUGAAAUGGGAAGCAGCUGAUGUCCUGAUUGAUUAUUUCAUAUGGAAACAUAAGGAAACAUCCGAGUUCUUGGAUAACAAAACUAUAGUUGAGCUCGGUGCUGGUACAGGACUAGUUGGAUUGGCAGUGGCAAAACUAUAUAGAGCAAAAAAAGUUAUUUUGACAGACCAGAUGCCAAUGAUGAACUUGAUGCAGGAAAAUAUCAAGUUGAACAAAUUGGAAGAGAAGAUGAAGGCAGAAAUACUUAAUUGGGGCGAAGAGAUACCGGAGGGAUCCGAACUGCUGGAUGUAGAUAUCGUUUUAGCUUCAGAUUGCGUCUAUCUUGAAGUUGCAUUUAUACCCUUACUUGAGACACUAUUAGCAUUAGCAAAAAAGGAUACUGUCAUUUAUUUAGCUUAUAAAAAGAGAAGAAAGGCAGAUAAGAGAUUCUUUCAAUUGGCAAGAAAGAAGUUUGAGUUAAUUGAGGUCCAGGAUGAUCCAAAGAGAGAAGAAUACAAUAAACGGGGUUUGCGAUUUUACAUAUUUAAACGAAAAUAAACACGACUUGUAGUAUUGUAACAUUAUAAGAAGCUAACCACACUUGUCAAAAUCAACUCGACUCUCCCUACUUUAGCAUACAAAAGAGCUGAGUUACUGGAAGACGCCA